GUUGCGGGCUCGGCGUCGGCUCCGGUCGCGCGCCUCGGUGGCGGCGGUGGAGGUGGAGGCGGCGGCGUCGGUGCGGGCUCGCGGCGGCCAGCACCAUGUUCUCAGUGAGGAUCGUGACCGCCGACUACUACAUGGGCAGCCCGCUGCCCGGCCUGGACCCCUGCCAGGCCCACUUCCGAGAGGCCCCGGCCGGGCGGGUGCCCGUCGUCAGAGUCUUCGGCGCCACCCCCGCAGGUCAAAAGACUUGUCUCCACUUACAUGGUAUCUUUCCUUACCUCUACGUACCAUAUGAUGGUUUUGGACAGCAUCCAGAACACUAUCUCCGCAAAGUGGCAUUCAGCAUUGACAGAGCACUUAAUGUGGCUUUAGGCAAUCCGUCUUCUACUGUUCAACAUGUUUUCAAAGUGUCAUUAGUAUCUGGAAUGCCUUUUUAUGGUUACCAUGAAAAGGAGAGACAGUUCAUGAAGAUCUAUCUUUACAAUCCUGCAAUGGUUAAAAGAGUAUGUGAGCUUCUGCAAGGUGGAGCCAUAAUGAACAAAUCUUACCAGCCUCAUGAAGCCCAUAUUCCCUACCUCCUUCAACUCUUUAUAGAUUACAACUUAUAUGGAAUGAAUUUAAUAAACCUGGCUGCUGUAAAAUUCAGAAAGGCACGGAGGAAAGGUGAUAUAUCAGGUGCAAGUAAACAUCAUAGAAUUCAUUUUGCAGAAAAUUCAAACAGCACAUCUUUCAUUGAAUGGGAUGAAGAUGAAAUACCAAGUUCUUUAAUGUUGAAAGGUGUUGAGCCACAAAGUACCUGUGAAUUGGAGGUGGAUGCAGUAGCUGCUGACAUUUUAAAUCAACUGGAUAUUGAAGCCCAGAUUGGCAGAAACCCUGGUUUGCAAGCUAUAUGGGAAGAUGAGAAGCAGCGACGGAGAGAGAAAUGUGAAUCUUCUCAGAUUAAGACACCAGAUUCACAAGACCGUGGAUUUGUGCCAGCAACAGAGAGUGAAAAAUAUUUUCAGAAGAGACUUAAAGAAAUCCUCAAGCAAAAUGACUUCUCUGUAACGUUGUCAGGAUCAGUGGACUACAGUAAUGGAUCAGAGGAGUUCUCUGCUGAGCUAACACUACAUUCUGAGGUACUUUCUCCUGAAGCCUUUCAGUGUACACCAGCUAAUAUGGUAGAAGUGCAUAAAGAUAAAAAGAUGAACAAAGAAUCUAAUAGGAUGCAUACUGAUAAAGAAGAGGAAGCACUUAUUAAUGAAGAAGCAAUUUUAAACAUUGUGGAGAAUAGUCAGAGUUUUCAUCAUUUGUCUCAAAGACUGAGUCAGACUACAGUUUUUAUGAACAGUAGUGCUGAUGAGGCCAUGAUUGAUCUAUUGGCUGGUUUGGAGAGUGAUGGCUAUCAGAUGGGACAUCACAAAACACUCUCUCACCAUCAUUCUCUUGGAAGCUGUCGAAAUUCUCAGAACAGUGAUGAUGAAGAAAAUGAGCCACAGCGCGAGAAAGAGGAAAUGGAACUUAGCUUGGUAAUGUCGCAAAGGUGGGACAGUAGCAUUGAAGAGCCUGGGCCAAAAAGGAGGUCAGCUGGCAAAAGUAUGCAUCGAAGUUCAACAGAAGAGGAUUCAUCUUCAGAGGAAGAAAUGGAGUGGAGUGGUAGCAAUACGCUCCUAACUAAUCUCUAUAUACCUCAGUUAGAUGGGACUGCAGAUGAAAAUGGUGACAAUCCUUUGAAUAAUGAAAGUUCUCGAACUCACUCCUCCGUCAUUGCAACAAGCAAAAUGUCUGUAAAGACCUCAAUCUUUCACAAAGAUGCUGCUACACUAGAACCCCCGUCUUCUGCUAAAAUUACUUUUCAGUGUAAACACACAAGUGCCCUUUCUAACCACGUUUUGAAUAAUGAAGAUUUAGUAGAAGACCUCUCGCAACCAAACACGGAAACAAGACCUGAACUUUCAGUCCAUUCUCUUACAAAAGAAAGCACUUACACAGCAAAGUACCCAACAUCAUUCAGCAAUAGUACCCAUGCAGAAAACGCACAUAAAGAGAGUAACAAGAAAGAUACCCUCCCAGUUCCUUCAUGUGAAAAUAAUAUUUUUGAAUAUGAAGAUGAUAUUUCAUCAGUGAGCAGACAAAUACCUAGCAGGAAGUAUACUAGCAUCAGAAAAGCUGAAAAGGAUGUCUCUUUUAUGCAUGUGGCCCACAUUGGUGACAGCAUGUUGAAUAAAAACUCUUUUAACUUUUCUGAUUUGGGCCACUCUGGCCACUAAGGUAAAAUGUCCUCUGAAGUAAAUGAAAAAUCCAGCAGUGCAAGUAUAAAUAGUUUUUUUCCAGCAACAGUUACAGAAAAUUGUGAAUUGGUGUCUUGUUCAGGAGGCAGUCGAACUGUGGUACAUGCACUUGAAAAUAACACUGAUGAAGGUGGCCUUAAUAAGCUUAAAAUUAGGUAUGAAGAAUUUCAGGAGCAUAAGGCUGAAAAGCCAAGCCUCAGUCAACAAGCAGCACAUUAUAUCUUUCCUAGUGUUGUUCUUUCUAAUUGUCUCAGCCGACCACAAAAGUUAGCUCCUGUAACAUAUAAAUUACAGCAAGGCAACAAACAGUCCAGGCUGAAGCUGAAUAAAAAGAAACAUAGUUUUAUCAAUCAUCAGGAGCCUGCAACUGUAAUGAUGUUGUAUCAGUGAAGGAAAGCUGCUAUAACGCAAGGUAAUGCUUGUAGUAAUAUUCCUGAUAAGGAUAGUGCUUUACCUAGUGACUUAGUCCAAGUUCCUCUUGAGGCUUUUGAAAACAAAAUGCCUACAAGUACUGCUAAUUGUAAUGACUGCCGUGGAGAUGGAUCUCUUGAAACUGAGCAGUCAUUUGGAUUAUGUGGGAAUAAAUACACACUUCGAACUAAACGGAAGGUAAAUUAUGAGACUGAAGACAGUGAAUCAAGCUUUGUCGCACACAACUCAAAAAUUAAUCUACCUCAACCAAUAGAAAGUGUUGAAAGUUUGGAUGGGUCUCAGAAGUCUCGAAAACGUAGAAGACUUUCUAAAAAAUUGCCUGUUAUUAUUAAAUAUAUUAUCAUCAAUAGAUUUAGAGGGAGAAAAAAUAUGCUUGUUAAACUAGGGAAAGUAGAUUCUAGUGAGGAAAGAGUAGUACUCACAGAGGAAAAGAUGAAUUAUUAUAGAAAGCUUGCACCUUUAAAAGUUUGGCCAAAAGUUCCUGACUCUCCUGCAACCAAAUAUCCUAUUUAUCCACUAACACCAAAGAAAAGUCACAAAAGGAAGCAAAACAUAAGUCCACCAAGAAAAAAGCUGGAAAGCCGCAAAAAAACAGGUAGUAAAAAUAUUAAAAGAACUUUCUUCAGGAAAAGGACUCAUACAUUCUUCUCCUCCUUCAGACCAUAUAAUGCUGAAGCUGAAGACUGUGACUAUAACUAUAGUGAUGUUAUGUCUAAAUGUUUUCUUUCUGAGAGAAGCACAAGCCCAGUAAACACCUCCCCACCUCGUUGCUGGUCUCCCACUGAUCCAAAAGCAGAAGAAAUCUUGACCAACAUGGAUAGAGAAGCUUACAUACUAGAGUCCUAUAUGUACAACAGCAAGGCUGUUAAUUCUAGUGUAGGAAAAAAUAGUAGAGCAAAAACUCAGGUUAAAGAAUGUAAAAAGAAAUUUGCUGGCCCCACUGUAUCAACCAGAGAAAAAGAAAAAGAUGAUCAGGCUGAAACAGCAGAUGAUGGAAAGAAGAAACCUAGAACAAAGCAAAGACAGAAAACACAGAAAAAGUGUCCUCAAGAAAUGCGCAUGGUAUUUAAAGAUGAAAAGAAGUACUACUCACUCUACACAGAAGUGAAUUUUGUGCUGAAACGUCAAGAUCUGCCUGAGAUUUCGUACAGCGCACAGCCACUUCAUAAUCCGAAAGAUGGUCCUAUUCCUGGCAGUCCAGCAGGAUAUCUAACCAUCCAGGCACAGCUCCCUUCAGGAGCUGAUGCACAAGGUAAUUCGUCAGGCUGUUUUCAUUCAUUGAUGGAAAUUGAUAAGCCUAUAAUUGCACAGUGUUUACCUGCUCCUCGAGGAAGAGUCCUCAUGUCAUCUCUCGUGUCUACUCCUCCAGCAUGAAGGGAAGGUACCAAAAUGAGCUCUCAAAGGCCUAGGACUCAAAAUGCUGUAUUUAGAAUGAAGGAACCUGCUCUCAUUAAAAACAUAUUUGACCCAUCUAAUCACUCAACUCAGGUAACACAGAAUGUGCGCAUCUCUAAAGAUAAGACUUCUGUAAAAGCAGAAGAGAUAAAAAAUUUGCAAAAUAGGUAUUUACCGUCAGCUGGAAAAUUAAAUGAAGCUCGUGACUCUUUGGACGCAACAAAGAUGGAUCAGUUGCAUGCCACUAACUAUUUGCAUUGUAAAGACAAUAAUCAACAGCAGAUUUUUUGUUUACCAGAGGCUUCCAAGCAUUCUGAUCCUUGUUCUUCUAUUCUUAAGUCAUCUGAGGAAAGCCCUGGGCCUCUUCAGUUGCCGAAGAACUGUUUUGUAACCUCUUUGAAGAGUCCAGUGAAACAGUUAAAUUGGGAUCAAAACCAGAGAGGAUUUAUUUUCGACAUGUCACAUUUUAAACCUGAAACGGUAAAACAGAAACCUCUUUCAGAAACAACCAUGCAGCCAAAACCCAUCUCUCAGUAUAAAAACAGGACUAUAGUGGCCCCGUCAGUGUUCAGUGAAGGACAGUCUGGCCUAGCUGUUCUGAAAGAGUUGCUCCAGAAGAGGCAGCAGAAAGCUCAGAAUGCAAAUGUUACACAAGAACCAUUACCGGUUAAAACACAGCUGAGCAGAAGUACGCCGUGCCCCGUGGAACAGAAUAAAGCAGUCAAAAGGUCACGGACAGUCACAUCGCCUAGAAAAGCACGUGCUCCCAGGAAUACAAAACCUAAAGAAAAAUCAGCAAAACUUUCCAAAAUGGAGUCCUUAAGCCAGCAGGUCUCUAGUCGCAUCGAUCAUUCUGUUUCUGAUGACAGCCCCAUUUUUUUUUCAGACCCUGGUUUUGAAAGCUGUUACUCGCUAGAAGAUAGCUUGUCUCCAGACCAUAAUUACAACUUUGAUAUUAAUACUAUAGGGCAAACUGGAUUUUGUAGUUUUUACUCUGCAAGCCAGUUUGUCCCAGCAGAUCAAAAUUUGCCCCAGAAAUUUUUGAGUGAUGCAGUUCAAGAUCUUGGUUCUGGACAAACAACAGAAAAUGACUUUCUGUACCAUAAUGACCAAAAAUCUGAUGAAGAAAAACAGCAUUCGUCAAGCACAAGUAAGUGGAUAAGAUCUGGUUCUCUGAGUCCUGAGCUUUUUGAGAAAACGUCACUGGAUAAUAACGAGAACCACUGCCAUAGCCAAUGGAGGAAAAAUGUUCAUCCUUCAGCUUCUAGAUCUAACUCUGUCGAUACCUCUUGUACGCAAGAGACAGAGGUUUGUUUAAAUGAAAAGUUCAAAUUGAAUAGAAGUACGGUAAAUAAGGAGAGAUUUCUUAACCUUCCUCAGCCAACCAGCUCAGACUGGAUUCAGAGCCACAUGAGAAAAGAAACCACUUUUGAACCCUGUCAACCACUUGAUUCUGUUAAUACCUCCUUUGCAUCCAUAUUGUCUUCUCCUGAUGGUGAACUUAUAGACGCAGCCUCUGAGGAUUUAGAAUUAUAUGUUUCAAGAAACAACGAGGCAUUAACUCCAACUCCAGAUAGUUCACCAAGGUCUACCAGUUCUCCCUCACAAUCAAAGAAUGGAAGUUUUACACCUCGUACUGCUCACAUUCUUAAGCCGCUCAUGUCCCCACCCAGCCGUGAAGAAAUCAUGGCAACUUUGCUGGAUCAUGAUCUCUCAGAAACAAUUUAUCAGGAACCAUUUUGCAGUAAUCCUUCCGAUGCUCCAGAAAAGCCAAGGUACUAUUGGAGACGGCUUCUCACAGUAGAAACUAGACUUCCAAAUGACCUGCUUGAGUUUGAGGGAGACUUCUCAUUAGAAGGCCUACGACUCUGGAAGACUGCGUUUUCAGCAAUGACAGAAGGUCCUAGACCAGGGUCACCUCCUCAUUACGGUCACUCUACUGUUAAUAAAAGAGAAAGUAAUAGCCAUAAAACUAGUGAAGACAAAAAAAUAGUUAUAAUGCCAUGCAAGUGUGCUCCAAGCCAGCAACAAGUUCAGAUAUGGCUUCAUGCCAAAGAAGAGUAUGAACAUUUCAAGAAAUUGCCUAAGAAUCAUCCUGCUGAGCUGGAAAAGGCAGCUGAGAAUUUCAGCUCCACAGUAUUGUCUGGAGAGAAACCUAAAGAAGUAGUAAAAGCAGCUAAAGAUUUAAAUUUGUCAAGCCUGGAAGAUGAAAGACCUGUUGUGCCUACAAAGGAUUCUCCUGCUUCUGUGGCAGAUCCUACAAAAAUACAAACCAAGGAAAUGUGUGAUAAGUCUGUAAGUACUAUAGGAAAUUCUAUAAAUAUUAAAAGUGACAUAGACUCCAAUAAAACUCCAUCUGAAAGCAAGAUGCUUACUCCUUCAACACUAGAACGGGAUAAGGAGGAGGAGGAAGAAGAUUAUGUCAAUUAUAGUUCACCAGAUUCUCCAGUGCUUCCACCUUGGCAACAAGUAGCAUCUCCAGAUCCCAAGCAGUCCAAUGCAGAAGAUGCAGAGUGGAAAAGUCAGGAUGUUAUUUUGUCUUCUGUGGAAGAAAAUGAUGUAGCACUUGUUGGAAGUGCACAAAAUUCUCCGUCCACCCAAGAGGAUAUUAAGAUGACUUUUGACAUGUCUCCAUUUCCAGUUAUUGAAGAUCCUGGAAAUUCUGAAUCUGUUUGCCUACAUAGUACACCCAUUGUGCAGAGAAAAAAUAGUGAUGGAAUACCUGAAGUUUUGGGGUUUACUCCUUUAUCAACAGGUAACAAAACCCAGAAACUGUGUCAUAAGAGAGGAAGUAAUACUGAUGGUCUUCGAAGAGUACUUCUAACCUCACAAAUGAAGAAUCAGUUUGCUGCCCUUGGUGCUCCAAAGAUAGAGUCUUCUGAGAUUGAAGGACCAUCUUUAAAUAACACUUACGGUUUUAAAGUCAGUGUGCAAAACCUGCAAGAAGCAAAAUCUCUACAUGAGGUCCAACACCUUACCCUCAUCAGCAUGGAGUUACAUGCUCGAACCAGACGAGAUUUGGAACCAGACCCGGAGUUUGAUCCGAUCUGUGCUUUAUUCUAUUGCAUCUCAUCAGACACAGCACUGCCAAAUACUGAUAAAAAAGAAAUCACUGGUGCUAUUGUGAUUGAUAGAGACAGGACACUCUCAAGCCAAGGGAGCAGAGACCAAGCACCCUUGCUUACAAGAUCUGGAGUUACAGGACUAGAAGUCAGUUACGCUACUGAUGAAAGAACUCUUUUCCAGGAAGUAGUGAAUAUUGUAAAAAGAUAUGACCCAGACAUUUUGUUAGGCUAUGAAGUCCAGAUGCAUUCCUGGGGUUAUCUCUUACAGAGGGCUGCUGCAUUAAAUGUUGAUUUAUGCCAGAUGAUUUCUCGUGUGCCAGGUAAGAUAAUGAAGGAGAACAGAUUUGCAGCUGAGCUGGAUGAAUCUGGGUCAGAUACAAUGAGUGAAAUAAUAUUGGUGGGUCGAAUUACCUUAAAUAUUUGGAGAUGAUGGAGAAAUGAGGUGAAUCUAAUGAAUUACACCUUUGAAAAUGUGGGCUUUCAUGUUCUUCAUCAGCGUUUUCCUUUAUUUACUUUCCGAGUUCUUUCUGAUUGGUUUGAUAACAAGGCAGAUGUCUACAGAUGGAAAAUGGUUGAUCAUUAUGUUAGUCGGGUCCAUGGGAACCUCCAGUUAUUAAAAAAACUGGAUUUGAUUGACAGAACAAGUGAAAUGGCAAGACUUUUUGGCAUUCAGUUCUUACAUGUAUUAACAAGAGGCUCCCAGUAUCGUGUGGAGUCUAUGAUGCUACGUGUUGCAAAGCCAAUGAAUUAUAUUCCUGUGACACCCAGUAUCCAGCAGCGAGCUCAGAUGAAAGCCCCUCAAUGUGUUCCCUUAAUAAUGGAGCCAGAAUCCCGCUUUUACAGCAACGCUGUUCUUGUAUUAGACUUCCAGUCGUUAUAUCCUUCCAUUGUGAUAGCAUACAACUACUGUUUUUCAACCUGCCUGGGACAUGUUGAAAACUUAGGAAAAUACGAUGCGUUCAAAUUUGGCUGCACAUCUCUGCGAGUACCUCCUGACUUGCUUUACCAGAUUAGGCAUGAUAUCACAGUGUCACCCAGUGGAGUGGCUUUUGUCAAGCCUUCGGUAAGAAAAGGUGUGCUGCCAAGAAUGCUAGAAGAAAUCUUGAAGACUAGGAUAAUGGUGAAACAGUCAAUGAAGGCUUACAAGCAUGACAAGGCUAUAACUCGAAUGCUUGAAGCUCGGCAGUUGGGUCUUAAAUAUAUAGCAAAUUUUACAUAUGGUUACACUGCUGCUAAUUUUUCUGGAAGAAUGCCAUGCAUUGAGCUUGGUGAUAGCAUUGUCCACAAAGCCAGAGAAACAUUGGAGCGUGCUAUAAAACUGGUGAAUGAUACCAAAAAAUGGGGUGCUCACGUUGUGUAUGGUGAUACUGACAGCAUGUUUGUACUCUUGAAAGGAGCAACUAAGGAGCAGUCUUUCAAGAUUGGUCAAGAAAUUGCUGAAGCUGUAACAGCAACAAACCCCAAACCUGUUAAACUGAAGUUUGAAAAGGUUUACUUGCCAUGUGUCCUGCAAACUAAGAAGAGGUACGUGGGUUACAUGUAUGAAACACUGGACCAGAAGGACCCAGUAUUUGAUGCAAAAGGCAUAGAGACCGUCCGAAGGGACUCCUGUCCUGCUGUUUCCAAGAUACUUGAGUGUUCUAUCAAGCUGCUAUUUGAAACACGUGACAUAAGUCAGAUCAAACAGUACGUUCAGAAUCAGUGCAUGAAGUUACUGGAAGGAAAAGCCAGCAUACAAGAUUUCAUCUUUGCGAAAGAGUACAGAGGGAGCUCUGCUUACAGACCCGGAUCCUGUGUACCAGCCCUGGAAAUCACCAGGAGAAUGCUUGCCUAUGACCGUCGCUCUGAACCACGAGUCGGAGAGCGAGUGCCCUAUGUCAUCGUGUAUGGCAUGCCUGGACUGCCUCUGAUCCAGCUGGUGAGACGGCCCAUUGAAGUCCUGCAGGAUCCCAACCUGAGGCUGAAUGCCACUUACUACAUUACCAAACAAAUUCUGCCACCGCUGGCCAGGGUCUUCUCGCUGAUCGGCAUAGAUGUCUUCAGCUGGUACCACGAAUUGCCACGGAUUCAAAAAACUGCCUCCACUGCCCGCAGUGAGCUGGAAGGACGCAAAGGCACAAUCUCCCAGUAUUUCACGACCUUACACUGUCCCGUGUGUGAUGAACUGACCCAGUAUGGGAUCUGUAAUAAAUGCAGAAGCCAGCCACAGCAUGUGGCAGUGAUUCUCAACCAAGAAAUCCGAGAGCUGGAGCGUAAGCAAGAACAGCUGGUCAAGAUAUGCAAGAACUGUACAGGCUGCUUUGAUCGACAGAUCCAGUGUGUCUCCCUGAACUGUCCCGUACUUUUCAAGCUAUCCAGAGUGAGCAGAGAAUUAUCAAAGGCACCGUAUCUUCGCCAGCUACUUGACCAGUUUUAAAUGAUCUGUUACAGGAUUCCAGGUGCUAUUUUUUUUCAGUGUUUACCACACUAAGACUAUUGUGCAUGGUGCUUUUUCAACUCAUCUAGUCCAGGAUUUCCAUUUUAACUGUUGGGUUUGUUAUCUGAAGAAUAAUGAACACUUAUCCUAACUAAAUUAAAAAAAAUAAAUAAAUACAUUUGUUGAUCUAUGAAUAGCUCACUUUUUAAGAUGUACAAAUUCCUUCUUUCUUUCAUGUUUCUAACAUACUGUUUUAUAAUGCUGAUGUUGAAAUAGCUAUGUGUAACAUCUUGUAAAUCCAUUUCAAAGUAGAAGUCAAGUUUACUUCCUGGGGGAAGGAGCACUGAAAACCUUGAAACGAUAAAACCAUUAGUGUGUGUUCUUGAACUGUCAGUAUCAAGACGUGUUAUUAUAUAUUAUCCAUUCACUUUAUAAUUUUGUCUGCGAAAUAUUUUGUAAAUACACUUUUUUACUUUUCAAACAACUGAGUAAAAUAAUGUGCAAUGACUUUUAUACAGAUAAUUUUAAAGUUGGUUGGUAUAUCUCCUCCUAAGUUUUGCUUGAUUCCAAGUAGAUUGUUAUUUUGAUCAGACUGUGCAAACAGUAGUAUCAUGUGUAGCAUUUUGAAACAUUAUUUUCUAAAAAUUGCUGUCUUGCUUUAGCUAUUAAUGGGGCAUUGUGAGGAACUGUGCAAAGACAUUUUUGUUACAAACCUGUGGGACUGUUGCAAUACUUUAAAUAUAAAAUUUUAUUCCAUUUUUGCUUGUUUUGUAUAGACAUUUCUAUUGCUUCUAAAUAUGCUUAAAAUAUUUUCUUUCCUUAUGUACUGUACAGUUAAAUCUUAUUUGCCACCAUCUUGACAAAAUGUGUAUUUAGAAUAUUUGUAUAACUGUAUAAAAUGGAAAAGGAAUUAUGUGGUCAGUGCAUUGUUUUCUAAACUGGAAAUCAUUUUGUUUUAGAAGUUAAUAAUGGAAACCAUAUUAAAGUUGAAUAAAAUGAUAUGGUAAAAAUCUCUACACUGCUUCUUUGUAACACCCAGUUGCAGACACCUUUGUCUCCCUCGUUAUGCACAUGAAUAGCAUCAAAAGCAAGACUGCUGACAGCAGAAUUCACAAUUCAGUCUCCAGCCUAAACUUUGUGAUCUAAAACCACAGUAUCAAUUCCUGGAGGCCUUCUCCAAAGAGGAAGAGAAACAUUUCCAGUUGUUUUCCAUUAGUCUAAAAAGGAGUGAGUUUUAAAUUUAGAAGUCCAGAGUAGCUUUUAAAAAUAGAACAAAACUUUAUUUACAUAAAAGGAACCUGAGUGCCUCCUCCAGUUCAGAAUUUAUUACAUUCAAGAUACGAGUCAGUCUAUUAAAUUUCACACAAUACAGUACAAUGUAAACCCACAACAAGCAGAAUAAAACCUUUUCAUAUAUAACAGAACAUACGCAGGUUGCUAGGAGCUUUUAUGCAAAGUAACAACAAAAAAAAAAAAAUCAAGGCACAAAAUUUUGCCUGCUCUUGCAUUCUUGCACUGUAUGGUCAUUUACUGAGUAAAAGUGCAAAUGCCAGGACCAACGCCUUAGUGCCUGCAGUACAGUCCAGCAUCUGGGGCUGAUUCAGGGAUAAAUAAAAAUAUUACAUGACAUUUAACUCUUAAGACUUUACCUUUGACACUAGAGGAAAUGGGCACAUGACCGUCUUACACCCAUUCCUGUUUUCAUAGACAAAGAUACGAAUGUUAUUAAAUUCAGAUACCUAACCCACUGACCGCAGCUCUUGUCCCCUGCACUAGGAUGAGUCUCUAGCACAAACAAGGCAAUAGGAAGGUCAUACAGUUUACUGUAUUAAUUUCAACCCAUAACACUUAAAAGAGCCUCCAUAAAGCUUAAACACUUCUUUUACCCUUAACUUAAAAGGCACUGUAAACAGAUCCUCACUUUAACUGUAAGAUUACAUAUGCCAAGAAGUAAUUUAUGUUGGAAAUUUAAACAUAUGAAAACUAAUAUUCAUUUUCUAAAACAAGUCUUGAGGAGCACCAAAAAUCCAAUUAACUAGGAAGAAAGCUGCAGCCGUGAACAUCAAGGCUGGAGAACUGCUAUGGGCCGGCCUCAUCACUGCAAAUGUCUUCGAGCUGCUUUAAUCUUAAAUUGGGUUAAACAUUUCAUUUUCAUUAAAGGGCAGCCCCUGACAUUAAAAGCAUUGCAUUUAGGGAGUAAGGAGAGCACGUUAUAGAGGUGUAUGCCAUUUCAAGUCAAGUCUGAGGCCAGCAUUAAGACACUGAGGGCGCCAAGUCCUGGCAAAGACACCUCGCAAUUUAGAGGUCGUCCAGCCAAAAGCUCUUGGUAUCAGUCCAACACACUGCUACAUGCUGCCGCCCAAGACCUGUAGGUAAGUGCCACCGUGUCAUCCUGCUGCUGGUUUGUGCCGUUUACUUUCUGUAGAAGCAUGCACUGACCUUAGCGCUCCAGGCUGCGGCUCUGUGCCGUCUGCUCAGCGCUCAGCAUUUGUAAGGGGAACAACAAUGAUGCGCGCCUCAUAACUUCACGUGCCUUAGGUGGGCGUUAUCAGCCAGUAACUUCUUUUUGCACAGUAUUUUUACAUUUGUUGUAAUAUAUAUGUACAACAUACAUAUAUAUAUAGUAUGUAGCGUAUAUACACACGAAUUAUAUAUAUAGGUUAGAGCACAUUUCUUAAUGGGGGGGGGUCUUAAAUUUCAUUUCCUGUUUUCUACUACUUGAUUAUGCAACAUUUGUUAACUAUCCCUGAGAAUAAUCUUACCUGCAGGACAUUCCAAUUUGAAAUUUCAUUCAAAAAUUUGUGUAUGAAUUGAGAAUUAUUUAAAAAUCUUCCUGGUUUCAGGUAGGUUUCUUAAGCUAGGUUGUUGGGUUUUUUUUUCUGUCAACAUGAUCUCAGGUAUGUGGAGACUUUUGUAAAAUCACUAAAGAUUCCCACCACCAGAAGUCCCCAUUGCGCCAUUUUUAAACUGCUAAUUACAGUUACUUCUAAUUCAGACAGAAAGCCAGCCAAAGGUUUAGUAUUUUGGUAACUAUUCCAGCUAGGACAUUCAUGGGGUCUUGUAUUAAUUUUGCAAACAUAGUUAGGACUUUACCUGAAUUCAGAUAAAGCAGAUGGAUGGCUACUACGGUGGAGCACUGCCAUAUACCCAUUUCUGUAUCCGUUGUUGGUUGCCCUUUACUGAACCCAAAGGAUAACCUGUGAUCUCCCUGCGGGCAGAAGGAAAUAUUUCCCCUCUCCACCCACCAGCAGGAUUUGGGCAUACCAUCAGAUAACACUCCCUGAUCUCCAAAUAUGAAGCAGUUAUUACAGAGUGCAGGAGGGAAAAAGAAAACUUCAAGAAAUCUAAUCUUUAUCUGCACUCGUGCGAAUCAUUCUUCCUGCCAUGCCAUUUCAUUUAUUGUUAUUACAUGAAACUUACUGAAUGAGUAAGGCCAUGCAGACUUACUUUUGUUGAUCAAACCCUGUCACCUGUAGCAAGAAUGGGAUUUGGGCUUAUAAUUAGAAGCAUUUAGAAAAACUCUAAGCAGAAAAGAAAACCCUUGCGUAGCAAGUAAAACAAAUCCAUAUUUUAAAGUGCAAGUUCAUGCAUUGCACUGAAAAGAUGCCACAGAAGUAAGCACACAAGGAAAAGGAAAGAGGAAUCAGGCAAAUAUGCAAUGGCAUUUAAAUGCCUAUAGCAGCAGGACAAGGAGGCCCUUUAACAUCUCAAGAUUAAAAAGAAUAAAACAGUUUUCACUACAAGUAGAUUCCUGCUUCUUAUCAACUUCUUAAAAGAAAGGAAAAUGCCAUUAGGUUCCAGGUUAAACACUCAAAGGAUGAGAGAAGGAACAAAACAGACCUGAAAAUACAUCAAACAUCUAAGUUUCUGUGCUAUGUUACAUUUAGAGUUCUUUCUUGUGUUAGUAAAUUAAAGUUCUUAGCAAAAAAAAAA